AUGAAACCUAUGGAAAGAAAACACCUGGGAAAUGAAACGUCUAUCACGGAAUUCAUCCUUCUGGGUUUCGGGAAUUCCCCUCGGCUGCAAGUCUUUCUCUUCCUGCUGUUCCUUGGGACCUACAUUGUCACCCUGACAGGGAACCUUCUCAUCAUGGCGCUAGUGGUGGCUGAUAGGCACCUCCACACCCCCAUGUACUUCUUCCUGGGGAACCUGUCCUGCUUGGAGACCUGCUACAGCUCCACCCUCUUGCCCCGGCUGCUGGCCAGUCUCCUGACGGGGGACAGGACCAUCUCUGUUACCGGCUGCAUCGUGCAAUUAUAUUUUUUUGGUUCUCUCUUAACCACCGAGUGUUCUCUCCUGUCGGUGAUGGCCUAUGAUAGGUAUCUGGCAAUAUUAAAACCGCUGCGUUAUGCGGUCCUUUUGAAUGAGAGACUCUGCCUCCAGCUAGCGGCCUGGUCAUGGAUCAGUGGAUUUACAUCUGUUGCCAUUAUAUUAAUUCUGAUGUCCCAAUUAACGUUCUGUGGUGCCAAGGAAAUUGACCACUUCUUUUGCGAUUUCGGCCCAGUAAUAAAACGGUCCUGCAGUGACACCCACGCACUGGAACUUACUGCAUUCAUACAUUCCUCCGUCUUCACCCUGCCUCCGUGUCUAGUGACCCUGGCAUCCUACGUGUGUAUCAUCUCCGCCAUUCUGAGGAUCUCAUCCACCAGCGGGAGGCAAAAGGCCUUCUCCACCUGCUCCUCCCACCUCAUCGUGGUGAGCAUUUUCUAUGGGGCUCUGGUCAUUGUCUAUCUUCUCUCAGGCUCUGAGGCAUUAAAGGGCCUCAACAAAGUUCUCUCCAUUAUCUAUGGAGCCCUAACUCCAUUAGUCAACCCCCUCAUCUACAGCCUGAAAAACAAGGAGGUAAAGGAAGCCUUGAGAAAAGCUGUCCUCGGGUUUUUUAUCUUUGACAAGAAUAGAGCAAUCUCACGGUAA